AUGUUAUUCAUUGCAACCCGGAAAACCGACAUUCUGAUCCAAGUCCAAACUGUCGACGCCGCAAUCUUCGAUGCGAGCGUCGCGAACCCUGCUCCAACUGCUUGGGUCUCUAUCACGUUCAAGAGUCCAGCCCAGAAGCAAGAGGAGCUCAUGGGUCGUCUGAGACGACUGGAGGCGGUUGUCACCGAGAUGGCAGGUCAGAUGGAAGAUGGGGCGGCCGAGGCGGACGCCGGCACACCCAAUGUCUGGAGAUCGCUGCGCCUACAGCGCGAUGCGGAAUUAUCGACAGGCCAGUAUGCUCGUAGCGCGGGACCAGAGAUUCAGGGGAGAAGUGAUGCUUCAGAGCUUUGGCAGAAACAGAACGACCCAACCGAGGACUUUGGCGACCUCGUCACGGAGUCGAACGGGGGUCGAUCUUCUGCACUGAAGUGGACAACAUAUUCCGAGCCGUUGCCGACAUCGAAGAGGCAACUGAGGGGCACGCAUAUACACCUCUGCCACAACCAAAACGGUGCAAGGGAUCAAGGGAAGCUGCACACGCUGGACCCAGAGACCGAGGCGCUGAUGUUUGCCCUCUCGCUGGACGCCAUUGUGUCGCUGGACGAGGAGGCCGCGCUCAACUUCAGCAUCUCCAAGCCGCAGUUGGUAGCGCACCUCCGACUGGGGGUUGAAAAGGCCCUCGCAUCGGCCGAGUUUAUGACUACGGGGUCUAUAGCUGUCGUCCGAGCCUUUAUGAUCUAUGUGACGAUCCUGCCGCAGCUGGGGACGCAGAGGCUUCUUGUAUCCGUAUCGGCGGAUCAUGAGAUGCGACGGCAGCUGUGGCGUCAUGUCUGCUUCCUCGACUCGAGGGUUCGACACAAGGAUGUCCCCGAGCUGUUUAUUUCUCCGUCAACAGGCACAACAAGAGAACCCUACAAUGGUGAUGUAAAAGAGCCGGGCAGUAACUCCGGUUUCACUAAUCUUAGCGUCUGCCUCAUCCGCUGCGAGCUGUGGCGGUUGUCGCACACCCUGCAAAACGCGGCCAGGACAGGGCCGAAAGCCAGCAACAGCUUCAUGUUCUUUCGGAUGCUCGCGCACGGAUAUGUCCAAUUCGUCAUGUGUCGGCGGCAGAUGCGGCUGGCGAAAGGCAUCAACCAAGGGGACCUCGUUGCACAAGCGCUCGACUGUGCAGCGACACUGAUGGACACGACCAUGGCACUCAAGACGCGUGACGAAUGGAAGUGCUGGCGCUGGCAGCUGCAAGGUCAUGUGCCCUGGGAGACUCUGAUUCGGCCCGGGGACUCAAAUAUUGACUCUGCAAACGCGUCGAGCCUCGGUGAUGGAGCUGCUUCACUCAUUCCCAGCCUCGCGGACGGCACUCCAGGGACAUCCAGUGCGCGUAACGCGACUGAUCAAAUGCUACAAAUGUCGUGGGAAGCAUCUGAAUUCGAGGCCGACUCCGUAUUCAACUGGGACCCUUUGCUGGAGAUGGACCACGCGAUGGACUGGCAGUGGAUGGACGGGGACUCGGAACUUUCUUUCUCGGAUUGGAACACAGUCUGA